AUGUGGAACAACAGCUCCGUCGCCGACCACGCCGGACACACCAACAUCUUCUUUGUGUGCAUGUACUCCUUCAUCUCCGUGGUGGGGUUCAUUUUCAAUCUCCUAGCGCUGGUCUUUUUCUUCCACCUCACCAAAUCCAGAUCACAAACCAUCGUGUACAUGACUAACCUGGCCAUAGCAGACGUUCUGCUCAUCCUCACGUUGCCCAUGAGGAUCUACUACCAUCUGGGGUUCGACGGCCUCCCCCAGUGGCUGUGUGAAGUCCUCGGGUUGGUCCUGAAGGCCAACAUGUACGGGAGCAUCUUUCUCCUCACUUGCAUUUGCUUCGACCGCUGCAUGGCCGUCAGCUUCCCGAUGUCGACCCGCGUCCAGGCGGGGAGGAAGAAAGCGCCGCUGGUUUGCCUCGGAAUAUGGAUGCUCACCUUCGGCGCCAGCGUGCCAAUCUACCUAUCGAAGCGCCCACAAGUCACCCACAAAGGUUGCUUCAACGGCCUGCCGGUCUACGCCACGAAGCCCGCGGUGGUUCUAACCACUCUGAUUGUGGGGUUUGGCAUCCCGCUCGUCCUCAUGCUGAUCUGCUCCUGGGGUCUGGCCCGUGCCGUCCGCCGGAGCUCCGCGGCCCAGACCGACCUGGUGGACGGCAGGAAGAUCCAGAGGAUGAUCGUCACCAGCCUCCUCAUCUUCAUCCUCAGCUUCCUGCCUUACCACGCCAUCCUGGUCCACCUCUCUCUGUAUGGAGAAGACAUACCGUACCGGAUGCAGGUUGCAUACCGCUACAGCCUGCUGGUGGCAUGUCUCAACACAGUACUGGAUCCCGUCGCCUACUAUUUCACCACCGACACCUUCAGGAGGAGCGUCGACUUGGACGCCGUGCGGAGGAUGUUUCCUCUGAAUAGCUAA